GCCAAACUCACGGGCCGCGACGUUUGCUGCGCGCGGCCUUUGUGAGCGCACACGCACUAGGCUUUCGCUGCGCGCGGGGCAGCCCGCGACCUUUGUGAGCGCACACGCUCCCUUGGUGAGGGGCAGCCCGCAACCUUGCCAGGGCCCAAGCGGAGAGCGUCACGAUGCCCGCCGGCGCCGCCGAGGACUUCGUGGCGAAGUGCCGGGAGCACAAGCUGGACUUCGUGGUCUUCGUGCGGCACGCGUCCUCGGCGCCGCUGCACGCGGGCGCCGCGAAGCGCGCGGAGAAGCCGCACGACUGGAAGAUCGACGACCAGAUGCGCGUGCUCACGCAGAAGGGCAAGGACCAGUGCGCGGCCGCGGCCUGGUUCCGCGAGCUGGACGUGCGGGCGGCGCUCACGUCGCCGGCGCGCCGCGCGUCCGAGACGGCCAUGCGCAUGACGGACCGGACCGAGACCGAGGAGCAGAAGGUGGGCUCUAUAUAUUUACGCAUGGUCGCCGGCGUGCACCCGGCGGGCAUGAGCGAAACCUGCGAGGCGCUCUUCGAGACCAUGGGCUACGGGCCGCUGCGCGUCUUCUUCGAGGCGGCGGGCGGCGAGGACGCCUUCCAGGCGUACGGCGACGCCGUCUGCGCCGAGCUCGCCGCCGCCGCGGUGCCCGCCGGCGACGGCGGCGGCCUCGCCGUCUUCGGCCACGCCGUCUUCCUGAACGCGAUCGCUUAUAAAGUAGCGCAAGCAGCGGGCGCGUCCGACGACGCGAAGGCGGCGCUGCUCGACAUGGACCUGGGGGAGACGCAGGGCAUCCGCGUGUCGAUGAGCGGGGACGUGGCGAAGUACCCGCUCGCGUGAGUCUAUUAACAGUAUGGUUUAUUG